UUGUAGGCAACGUGACAGCAUGUAAACAUCAACGUGGACUUCCGUGUUUAGUCAUCUGUCAGUACGCUCCACGUGGAGGUUUUCUAUAUCACACCCGUGACGUAAGCAGUUCAAAACUAUAUAUAUAACAUGAAGUCUCUUACAGCGAUAUCAGAAUUUAAACUGACGUUGACAGUCAAAUUUAUUUCUACAGCCAGAGUCUCUGGCAGAGAGCGGAGCCACCAUAAUGAUUUCAGUCGCACAAAUGCCGUGUACCGUUACUUCCCAGCCGAGCCAGGAACCGAUUUUUAGUCACCAGUACCAAGAGGAAUCAAUUCUUGAUGCUGAGAUAAGUAAUGUGUUAAACUCAGUGAAGGAUUUACUGAAAAAAUACAGAAUGUACAGCAAGGCUGCUGAGUCGAGUGUUGUGUCAGGCGGACUACAGCAGUAUCUUAUCAGACAACUAAAACGGAAAAAUGUUACCCCGGACAAGUCAACAUUAGAGCGUCUACAAGCUCUUUACCUCAAAGAUUCGGCAACUGUUCACAUGCUGCCAGAUAACGUAUACAACAAUCAAACUGAAAACAAUACUCCAAGAUUUAACCGUCUUCCAGUCAAUUUGAAACUGCACAUAUUUUCCUUCCUGGAUGCCAGAGGGUUGUGUCAAGCUAGUCGAGUAUGUCGUGAAUGGCAUCAGCUGACGUCUGAUGCAUUGUUAUGGCAAAGGAGACUCAAGAUAGAUUUACCAAAAUGGGAAGUUCUGUCUCACACAGCGAAUCCCAAACUGUAUCAGGAAACUGAGUCAGAACUGACAGAUAAAGAAGUUUACUUCAGAUGUUCCCCUGAAGUUCAGCAGUGUCAAAGACAGGAGCUCUCAACAUUCCACCAAGUAUCACAGGUGCUCAAGUCAUUCCUUCCAAAGAAAGCCCCUCGUGUUGCCAUGUUUGGACCAGGCCUUGAAACCAACACCAGCAGCAUUGUCAGGAAGAUGCUGUAUGAAGACAAUGAAACAUUCCAAAGGAUAGCAAUGUUUCCUGGACAGUUUGAAGGUAUGGGGGCUGGUAUGACGAUGAAGCUGCGUUCAGGCAACAACUUCCACCUGACUGUUCUGUACACAGCAACAAAGAGGGAGCGAGAGAUGACACAAAACCGAGAUAGACUGGCUACAAGUAAACUGCUGAGUAAGCAGAAACAGAAUGAAGAUGGCACUGAUAGUGAAACCUACGAGCUUCAGCAGUCAAUCAAAGAUCUGUGUCACACCCUAGAUGCCUUUGUGUUUGUAGUGGAUGCUUCCUGCCCAGUGGAAACAGUGGAGAGUGGUAAAAGAGAGCUGUUUGCCAUGAUCAACGAAAGAUGGUUAGCUCCAUAUGUUCCGGUUCUGGUGCUCUCGUGUAUCCCAGAAUCAUCUUCUCAGAGACUUCCUGCUAGUGAAGUUGUGCUGGCACUAGAUCUCUGUGAGCUCAACAGGCCCUGGCUGGUGAGGGAUGCUGUGGUUGAUGGUCUCACUGGUGUGGAGAAAGGAAUUCAAUGGAUUGUUGAUCAGUCUCAGCACAAGUAAACACAGGAGGCUGAAUUGUGACUGAUGUUCCCACAGCAUAAUGGCAGGAGACAUGAUCACUGGGAAUGCAGCCGUCUUUUAUGAAGAUCACUUUGAAUGGCUGUGCAAGAUUGCCGAUUCCAUGUUGACCAAUAUUUCCUCACUGACUCCCUUACAUGAGUGAGUGAGUGAGUAUGGUUUUACGAUGCUUUUAGCAAUAUUCUAGAAAAAUCAUGGCGGGGGACACCAGAAAUGGGCUUCACAUAUUGUUGUACCCAUGUGGGGAAUCAAACCCGGGUCUUCAGCAUGCCAAGCAAACACUUUAACGACUAGGCUACCCCCCACCGCCCUUACAUGAAGUCAGGGGUCAUUGUGAUGCAGGCAUGACGAGCAUUACUGACUAUGUGGAGGACCUUAAUGUGAUAUUGUCAACUAUUCCACUUCAUGGCAUGACAUAGAAAUCUCAAACUUAAACCAGAGUAGGUGUUAGAACGUUUUUGAUAUUUAUGUAUUUUCAUAUUGUUAAAAUAUUGUUUUGAAAUCAAAUAAAUGUGAUGGCAUUGA